AGGUACAAGACGCCUGUGUGUGUCACACACAAACGCACAUACACCUUUCUCUCAAUUCAUAUAUAUCUGCAUGUGGACGCACUGCGCGCGCGAAAUCACGAAACGCGAACCAGACAGAGUUGUUCAAGAUGUUCCUGAACCGUAAUGAGACCUUCCUGACGUCCUUUGUUCUGGACGACCUCCUCAACAGACUAGUCGCCGGCGUGUACGAAAAACGUCCUGUCAGCUCCCGCGAAGUGCUCGAGCUGAUGUCGGAAACUCUCGAAUCCACAAAGAUGAAACAGUGGUAUUACAGUGAAACAGUGCGGUCCUUCAAGAGCACAGUCGACGCACUGAAUCGGCGCGGCUUUCCGAUGCAGAUGACGUGUCCGUUGUACUUCCGCGUCCCGCUAGAGGACGGCGGAGUGGACGAACUUUUCCCCAGCGGGUCGCAAGUCGCCGUAACACCGAACAACUACGACACCUUCGGCAUCAUGUUGAAGCAGUACUACCGCUACAGAAGCAAUCCAGACGCCGGCGGCUCCUACUACGACGCGGCGCGCCGCUUCCUGCCCAUCAAUGUACACCGAAACCUGCUGAAUCUCAGUUUUUUACCGGUGCUUAAGCUUGUCUCGGAGCACUUAUUGAACCCAGACUCGCCGUGGUGCGUGCGCUCGGAGGAGGAGUGGGCCCAGCUUGGCGUGACCUACGCCGUGCCGCUGGCGGGGCGCUUCUUUCCGGUAGACCCGACAAAGCCCGCCAUGACGUCGGUGCCUUUUGCCGAGGCGAGUCGCUACGUGGAGCUGGCGAGUGAUACGGUGAACAAGCUCAACAACUUGCUCAAAACCGGCGCAGCGCUCAACGCAUUCCGCUUGACUAGCACGGCGGCCCCGCCGCAACCGUUGCACCCGCCUUCCGCAGCGACGUCACCGGAAUGCGACGUCGCGACGAGGCUUUCGCCGCUUCCACCGCAGCAACAGCAGCGACAACAGACGACCGCAUCGCGCGUGACACACUCAUUUAAUGAAUUUGCAGAAUUAGAAAGCAUUGGGUUACGUCGCGAGACGUGUCAGAACAUGACAGCAGCUGAGCUCAGCUUCUGGGACUACAUCCUGCAGCUGCGGCGAAACCCAACACUGACACAGGACGUUUCUUUUCGUUUAGAAUUUGGAGGGGGAAAAUACAUCGACCUCGAAGCCAACGGGGCCUUUAUCCCGGUGACCAAGUACAACGUGGCGCAGUUUUUCGAGGCGGCGGUGCAGCAGCAAGACGAGGUGCACCGCUACAUCAACGGAAUCGCCUCCACGACGACGAUGGCGACAACGAGCAGCGCGUUGGCGGCGGCGGGGGUUUCGCCAGGGGAGGCCGGGACACGGCGAUCGUCCCUUCCCAUGCUGCCGCCGCCGCCGGGGGGAACGGUGAGGACGGCCGCCGCACCCGCACCGCGGCGAUGGCGACGGACCCCGACUCCACCAGCGCAGGAGAGUCGGUGGCGUGGAACGAGACGCGGCUGCGGCGGUCUGACGUGGACUCGGCCGUGGUGCGCUCCAUGCUGGGGCUGCGCGUGCUAUACCACGAGAACCGCCUCACCGCGGCCGACGUCGGCGGGCAAAGCCUUCGUUUCUGCAUCCCGUGCGCGGAGGGCGUGUACAACUUAA